UAGAGUCAGUCACUACGCCCCACUUCAGUGUUCUAGUUGUCAGUGAAGGAGUGUGAAAAGUCAGUUGCUUGACUCGUAAUUACAUUUGAUAAUGGCUUCAGGAGUUCAAGUUGCUGAUGAGGUGGUGGAAGAGUACAAAUUUAUCAAGAAGGGGAAGAAAUACAGAUAUAUUGUAUUCCACAUUAAGGAUGAAAAGAAGAUCUGCAUCGAUAGUAGUGGUGACCGCGAUGCCUGUUAUCAAGACUACCUGGACCACUUAGCCAGCCUUGGUCCUGAUGAGUGCCGCUAUGGACUCUACGAUUUCGAGUUCGAGCAUGCCUGUGAAGGUGCUGCUGACACGAAAAGAUCGAAGCUGAUUUUGAUGAUCUGGUGCCCCGACACUGCCAAGAUUAAGAAGAAAAUGCUUUACUCUUCCAGCUUUGAUGCUCUGAAGCACUCGCUUGAAGGCAUAGGAAAAUAUAUUCAGGCCACGGACAUGUCAGAAGCCGCGCCCGAGUGCAUCCUGGAGAAGAUCAAGUCGACCGCGCGCUCGUGAGGUCGUCAGCCGAGUGCAACCCUACAUGCUGGCUGAUGAUGGGGGCACUAGAGCGACGUUGCUCUGCUCCACUUUAUUCCUACCAUUCGCUGCUCCUGUAGUCCUGAUUGCUUCAAUACAUUUCCGUUCGUUGUAGUUUCCCAGUUGCUGUUGACCCGCCACCUCAACGUAAAUAGCACCAUAGUUGUGGAGAUCAUAUCGUCUACGUGAAGCCUCUUGGUUCCAUUAUGGGCCAAUGUAUUUUGGAAUGCUUCUCACAGCUGAAUUGAUUCGGUAAUUGCCAGGAAUUAGUUAAAUCUUUUGAAGGUUUCAAUUAAAUUUUGCACUUUCGCAAGCCUUCUGAUAUUGUCUUCUCUUGGACACUUCUUUUGAACGAUUCGUUUGACGGAAUGUGUCUGGAUGCGAGGGUAAGAAUAAGAGCGCCGACGCGAUAGUAGUGGCAUGAAUAAUCAGGUAACGAAGUAGUGGAUUGUUAGGUUUGAUAGAGCCGAGCUAAAAUAUUAACUUUGCUCGAUAGGUCAGCUUGUGGAUAUUGAAUCCUAUGACGCUCUUCCAUCGAUUCCCUCUAGAGCAUCAAAGACUUAUUUAAGGAAUUCUAUUAUAAUUAUUUCUAGUGGAAACUAUUGAAUUCUAAAUUUCGAAUUUCGCGCCUACUACCAAAAGUUUGCAUUUUUCAUCAAAUUAUUCGUCAAUAAAUUUCUUUUUGAUUCACAA